AAAAGCCGCGUCGCCCCACCACUUUUGGGACAAGCUCCAUACCAGAAACCGGAGACUUUUUUUUGGCCUCAUGAAAUGUCUUUGUGUAUGAUUUAUAACCUAUAUGCAGCUACCUGUCCUGCAGCCUCUUGUUGCAGAUAGAUGUAAAUAUACAUUAUUGUCUUUGUAAAUUUGACAAUUGUUUUCUACACUAACAUGUACGCAUUUUGUUUGAUUAUUUUGGUUCACAAAAGUUAGUUAAUAUUCUUUUUAGAAUUGACAAAACAAAUUACCUUGUUGUUUUUGUUGGUUUUGCUUUUUAGUUACAUUAUCAUUCAGCUAUGUUUUGCAGUUUUUCUUUCCAUGUCAUUUAUUUUUAAAAUUUUAUUUGAUAGAUUUCAGUUAGCCUAUAAUUUUCAUUUUAAUAAUUUCCUCACCUCAAUUUGAUGAUGCUUAAAAGUUUGUGUAUGUUUAUGUUACUUUUGCACAAUGAGGACAACCAAUUCUUCAUAUUUUACAAAGAGUGUGUAAAUAAUGUACUAACCAUGCUGUUUGGAAUUUCACUCCAAAACUUUUAUUUUAAUUGCUACCAAUAUAAAGAUGAUUCCUUUAUGAAUGAGACACCAAACGGAAAAAUCCACCGUUUAGUUAUUGAAUUAUUUCUGUAUAAAAUUCGACUUAUUUGUGGCCCCACAAUAACUCGGCUCGCACAGGGCGGGUUCGUUUUUGCCCUAGUCAGAGGGUUGCAGACGCCCAAAAUCGGGAAAAGAAAUUGUUUCGUUAAACAAAAUAUACAAAUUGAUACUUCGGUACUGAGGAGAACAUAUUGUUUUCUUUAAGCACAGGGGCUACCUAUCUUAAAGUAUCGAACUGUACAUACAUAUCCUUUUUAGUUCGCUGCAUGCACUGAAAUAAAUAGAUACUGUGAAAAUACUCCGCGAGUGGGGGAUUCAAAUCUGUCAAAUUUGUUGUUGUCGCGAGGAUUUCCAUUCAAUCGAAUAUUAUAGCAUGUUCUUCAUAUUUUUGGUUUCGAUCUUUCUGUUGCGAGUUUGUCCGGAUCGUAGUUUGCAUCAACGGAUUUACGUGAUAGGGGGUUUAACUACCACCCACCCCCAAUUUGGGCUGCAAAAACUGGGGAAAAUCCUGCAGGAAAACCUAGCAAAUGUCUACUAUACCCCGUCUUGGUAGCUACGCCCCCCCUUUGACUUAUACCAAGAUCCGCCCCUGGUUUGGGCAAACCAGGCCUAGUGCAGUCACGAUCAUCAUCAUGGAAUAUGACGCCGCGUUGCUCUUGAUCCCCGGCCAUAAACUAGAUCGGUGAUUUGCGGUCUCGCGUCGCCCGUCUAAGGUAAUCAACCACCGUCAUUAUCGAUCAUUAUGGCCCAGAAGAUGGAGCAAAUUACCCGGAAUUUAUCACGGCAGCUCCGCCGCGACAAGCACCGCGUUGCUGACUUCCCGUUAGUCCCAAAUCCUCCAAAUCUCUGUCUCGGGUUGUUGGAUUGAUGGUUUCAAAUGCUUUUCGAAUAUCAAACAGAAUUUGGGUAUUGACUGUCCUGAAUUCCUGUCUUUGUCACUCUGUCUUCGUGGCUUCCAAAUUCCGUCUGAUUUGGAGGCUUUAAUUUAUGGUUUAAACGAGCUUCAAUGACCAAGCUGAGGUCUGGAGUCGAAUAUCGUAUAUGCUUGAACAUUGUAUAAAUAAAAUGGACUCGACAAUCAUGAAUGACGAUAAAACUGGAACUCAUUUUUUUUGGAAUCUGUUUCUUUUUAAGUUUCAUUUCUUAAAAUCUUUAGUUUCAGAUAGCCUUUUCUUGUUCGAACUUGGAAAAACACGUCACAUUUUAAAAAAUUCUUAAUUUUAGAACCAGUGAAUUCUUUUUUUGAUUUGGUGAAAACGAAAGGGAUUUUGGUUGUUAUUUCUGUUGUUCACAUCGCAUAUCCCAUGUUUUCCAGCUUUUUUGAGUCCCAAAUCCAAGAGAUCUAUAACUCGUUACCAGUGUCACCCCAAACUCUCAUGCUUGUACAGGCGCGCGAAGCCACUAGCAAACAAUCUCAGAACAUGUGACCGAUGUCUCAAAAUAGCCUCGUGUCAAAUCUGAAGGAAGGGUGACAGACAAGUAAGAAAACAGAAGUGCCUAGAAGUGUUCAUGUUUGUUCGACAUGUUACAGAAAACAGCUAAGCAUAAACAAAACGGUGCGGAUGUUUGAAACUUUUUUCUGGAAAAAGGGUUUAGCACAAUGCGUACGGCAUUUCAAAGAAAUUGGUCAUGGAAGCUAACUGACAGGUUGAAUGUGUCUGGUCGCGAAAAUGUAUUGUCUCUAACGCCACAUUCUACAAAGAAAAAACCGUCUAAUAAAAUUUACAAAAAGUUUGGUACAUAUGGCACAAAAGAAGCAAAAGAAAUAGAAAUCAACACAUGAAUAAUAGGAGGUCACCGGAAAGGUCAAGAAAUUGCAAUGAAAUCGGCUUCUAACGAAUAUAAUCACAUUAGGCCUUGAUGUUCAUCUAGGCCUACUCGUGGGUGCAUAUCAAUCGGCCUCGUGAAACACGAUACCGCGGCGAAUCGCUAAGGACCAGACAACACGAGUCGCUCUGACGCGCUGAUCGAAGUCCGACCGUUCCAUGAAGGGAACAGGGAAAGUCACCGGUAUACGGUGAGGAUGCUAAACGGCGCUCACUUGUCAGCGCGUUCUUGCUCCGCACGGUCGUGAUGUUGCGUGGAGUUGCCUUCCUGGCGAGUUUACCGCGCGCUCCGAGGCACCUGUGAGUGAGCCCCACCUGUCACGCUGUUUUGAUUGGAACAGAAUGGAAACCACCACAGAUUGCUCGGACUUGCACGGGUCUGAUGAAGAUGACUCGGUGCCCAGGCUUGGUGGUAGCGGUACCAAGGACUCCGCUUCGGAAUUAGCGAGAAAGUUGCUGGAAGAACGGGCCGCGCACUGCUGCAGUUGUGAUUUAGUCGCAAAGAAACCAUACCCUGGAGGGAGGGGUGGGCGUGACAAGGCGGACACUCGUGGGCGGACGGAUCAAGAGGAGUUACUGAUGCCAGGCGUGAUGGGAGACAGGGCACCGACCACCCGUGGGCGGAUGGGUUCUGGACAGGAGCUAGAGGAGGAUUCCUCCACGGAGUCUAGAGACACAGUGAGUGAGACGCACCCGUACCACGUACACAUCGUCGAGCGAUGCCCAAACGGUGACCCCGUGGUGACCUUUGUGCCGGAACCGGAAGCCAACGGCAAAGGUCACUUCAUCCGGCUUCCGGUCGUGGUCUCCAAGUAUUGGGGACCGGACAGUUACCGGGCGAAGAAGCCUGGAAGAUGCGUUGCUAAGGCAAUCGUCUCCUUGGGAACGCUCCUGCUUGUAGCAGUCAUCUGUUUCUUAGCGGGUUAUUUCGCAGUCGAUUUUCCAAGCGAAGAAUCGUCGACUGCGUACAGCAAAGGCCCAGUCAGGGUAGAAAUGGAGUCCUCGUUACGUCAGCAUUACGUCACUUCCUACAACGAUCGGAACUCCCAGCGGUACCAAGAUUUUUCCAGAAAUUUUACGAAAGCGGUAGACGAUGUAUUCGGGAAGAGCCCAUUACAAGAUGAGUACUCUCACUGCACGGUUGACAGACUAAGGCGUGGCAGUGUCAUCGUUGAAUUUACCGUCCAGCUGAACGGUCCCCCGACGUCUGACCACGCUGAGAAAAGCCCAUCUGGGGACGUGGAGUUGGCAACCAGACGAGCUAUAGUGGGGAUCCUCAGAGAUGCGGUGACGUCGGGUCAAUUGGCGUCGCUAAAUGUUGACAGCGACUCCAUAAAGGUUAUCAGAGUAGUCUUUGGUCAAUCUCCGGCAUCCACUUCAGUGCCUAGAACGUUAUGGCCGGAAUGGGCCUCCGAACUUAAAACAGAACCAGUAGUCUUUGGUCAAUCUCCGGCAUCCACUUCAAUGCCUAGAACGUUAUGGCCGGAAUGGGCCUCCGUACUUAAAACAGAACCAGGUCUGGUCAACCAGCGUGGCUGUGGUACACGGGCAGUGGACAAACCCUCCCUUACUCGUAUCCUAGGAGGGACAGAUGCCUUGCCUGGUCGCUGGCCAUGGCUAGGCUCCAUUAAGUAUCAACUUGGGGACGAGUUGGCUCAUCGAUGUGCUGCGUCCCUACUGAAUCCUGAAUGGGCCAUCACGGCAGCUCAUUGCGUUGAUGGUGGUGUUGGUGAUAUAUUAGACCACAUCAUCUUCGGUGACAACGACUUGGACGGUACUUCCUCAUCCCGUCAGAAAGUCGACGUGGAACGGAUGAUCGUACAUCCAGGAUUCAGCAUCAGUCGACAUGACAACGAUAUAGCUUUACUCAAACUCAGACAGCGAGUACGGUUUGACGAGAACGUCUCGCCAGUGUGCGUGGAGACGGAACCAUACGAAGUCGAGCGAUAUCGGGAGUGUUACAUCGCCGGAUGGGGACACACCCAAGAAUCCGGCAAUAUUUCCAGGAUCUUGCAAGAAGCUGAGAUCCCCCUGGUCGGCAAGCCGUUGUGCUUCGAGCAGUUUCGUGACGAGGUCUGGGAGACAUUCAGUCCCAUCACGGACAACAUGAUCUGUGCUGGGAAGGUAACGGGCGGGAUCGACUCGUGUCAGAGUGACAGUGGCGGUCCGUUAAUGUGCCAGGGCGUCGAUGGAUCCUGGCGCAUCGUGGGACUUACAAGCUUCGGUUACGGCUGUGGUAGACCCAAUUACUCUGGCGUCUACACACGAGUGUCCAGAUACUGGGAGUAUGUGACGUCGGUUGUACAAGGAGAGCCUACUAUCACAUGUGAAGAGCUGACGUACCCAACCUGCCUUAAUCGUCUACCCUACACCAAAGUUUUCCCCAACUCCCAAGAUGAUCUCUCCUUGUUAUUCACCCUCCUCCCAAAUGCCACCGACCACGCCCACCCUACCAACCAAUCUUCACUGGUAACCACCUCUACACCUUCACGCGAGUUAAUGGAGACGCUGGUAUGCCUGACAGCGUUUCCUAGCUGUGAGACUAGCGGGGAGCCAUCACUGGUACCCUGCAGGAGGUUUUGCCAGAGCACAUUGGAUAUACAGUUUGCCAUAUCAGCUCGUUGUGAGAAGUACCCGGAUGGCGCUACCAGGGAUACUGUGUAUUGUAGAAAAGGUAUCAACGCCGAUUGUGGACCUACCCAACUCUACCCGUCGUCCUCAAACCAUAGCGUCAUCACAUCACCAUAUUUACCCGGACUUCCGUACCGUACCGUGGGCUGCACGUGGUGGGUCUCCGCGCCGCCCUGCACGGUACUCGUCUUCAAGUUUACACGCUUCAGUUUCCCGCCCACGGGACGGGGUAAGAUCGUCACAAUCGGCUCAGGAAACGAUGCUCAAAACAGAACUAGCACCCUCCAUAAAUUCUUUGGUCCCGCCACCCCUGCUCCCCUGGUCGUUCCAUCCACCCAGGCCUGGCUUUCCUUCGCCAGUGUCGCAGAUCUCUUCAAUGAACCAGUAAAAGAUUCCUACUUUACCGUCGAGGUUCAUGUUGCUGACGUCCGCGAACAAGAUCUUGCGGGCGAUGUUUGCCUAUUGGGUUUGGGAGACUGUACGGAGAAUCAGUCUUGUUUCCCCGAUUGGUGGCGCUGUGACGGCUUAACAGACUGUUCUGAUGGCGAAGACGAGGCUAACUGCCCAAGCACGUACAGUCCUAACACGACAUAUACGACUGUUCCAUAAAAACAAUUGCUGUAUACCGGUUGAAAAAAAAAACAUUUUAAAAAGUAUAAGUACUAACACAUGUUUCUUUUAUAUGUAAAUCAACUAUUUAUCAAACAUGUAAAAUGAGUACAAUUGCUCAGACUUUUCCUUAAAAAUGAGCAUGCAAUGACAUUUACAGUUUCAUUUUUAAAGUCCGCAAAUAUCGCUCAUUAAUGUUAAGUUUCAUUUCAUCUCUGCAACUUUAAGCUAAUUUUUAAAAACUGUACUACUUUAUGCCGGUUCUUGACAUUCUUUAUUAGCAGUUCAUUUGUGCGCUAUUCCGUAACUCACGCGCUUAUUAUAUUCUGUUCUUGAGGGGACUGAGUCUUUAGCAGAUCGCGCGAAUUUUGUUUUAUGUAAAAUUGUAAUUACAAUAUUUGUAAAAUAAAAAUCAAUGUUAUAUCUAUGUAAAUUAAUACUUAUCCCUAUACAUAGUUUUAUAAUGAAUACUGGGUUUAUGAAAAGACGUUUCAAUAUUGGUGUUGUUGACUUUAACGAUAACGAUAGAAUUUAUUAUAAUUUUUACUGAUGCCAUUGACUAAAAGGUAAACAAAAAUAGUCUUUUGCACGAAGUAGCAAGUUAAUAAAUGUGCCGCUUGUUAAGUGUCGUAUUUGUGAGGUGAUGCAUGGUAGUGGUGGAAUGUUUACAUACCACCGAAUGUAUGUAUGUUAUUUCAUGUAAUCUGCGGUAGCCUUCGCCACCAUGUGGUAAAAGUGUUCAUUUUAUACUAACAAUUUUAGUACAUAUUCAAUUGAUAGAUAUUUCUUUCUCUUAAUGAUAGAUCAAAGGAAUAAAUUGAGACGUUAUAAUAGAUAACAUUUAAUUUAAAAAAAAAACGUAAUACAAACUACACAGCGUUACUAAAAUAAUAUACGAAUCUCAUUGAAGGUUACACAAGCAGGUUAUUUAAGUUUAGUCUACGUAACAGACCUACAGGACUUGGCUCCGUGGAUAACGGGUGAUACUCAGACUAAUUUAAGUUUUCGUUCUUUUAUUUUCUUCAAUUUUCGUUACCUCACACGAUGACAUCACUACCGAAAUUUCCAGUCUGUAAAUAUAUGAUCAAUCAUUUACGGACGGCCAUGAGUCAUCCCAGAUACCCCUAUCAUUUAACAACACCUGUUGCUUGUUAAAUAGCUCCAAACAACCUGUGGGACUAUUAUCGAUAAUUUGCAUAAUUUAUUUCUUUGAUACACCAUCGUGGGAAACGACACUGGUUCCAUGCGCAGAAAAGAUAAUUUGAAUUGAUAUCGUCUGCAUUUGUAUUAAGUGGAACAAUAUUAUGCCAUAUUCUGUGAAUCUCAUCUGCUAAAUUGUCGACCGUUUGGAAUAAGUGGGAAAUGCUUGAAGGUUAAACUCGCAUUUUCUAGAUUGGGCCGAAUUUAACUCUUCAAAGUAUGGCCAAAAAUGGAAUUCAAGGUCUAACGAUGUUCAGUUUCUAAGUUUUUUCCAGUUCGAGCAGUUUGUUCUUUGAAACGUAAUGUGUUUUUAAUAAGGUUGUUAUAAAGUCACCAGAAUCCGGUAAAAUGUAGACUAGCAAACAAUUCACAGAAUGGAUUUCUAGCAGUAAAAUAUGUAUGUUAUACUGUCGACUUUUAUACCAAUUGUAUCUACAUGUACAUGUAACUAGUAACAACAAGUGGAUCUCAAUAUGACUCUGUCCUACACGUAAAAUGUUCCCCGUUUUGUCAUCCAUUAUCAUGUAUAAAUUAUUCCAUAUGCUGUAAAUACACCGCCCAUGGUACGUGUACUUAUGCUGGGAGCAACCAUGUGGAAAAUAAAACAAAAGCUCAUAAUACUAUGGACCAGCUGCCGCUGCCACAAUGGAUCCUAUACAUAUGCAAAUGAGGGCGCGUGUGCUGACGUCGUUGAAUUUCAACGCGGUAUUAUUGGUAUUAAUUUACGAUACUUAUGCUGGUCUGUGUUGGUCUAUCCUACGGCAGUUUCGUGUCUGUUAAAUUUACUACUGACUGCAUUCAAAUUUGUCUCUGUUUCACCGAAA